UCUCUCUAAUCUGCAAAAGCAAGGCCAACGCCCCUCCACUCACCCGCGCAUCCACUCUCUCCUCCUCCUCCUGUUUCACCCGCCUGAUGUGAAAAAACGAUUCAAGAAUCUAUCUUUCCACUUGUUGGAUUCAAAAUGGCGUCUUCUUCUUCACCCGCCUGAUGUGAAAAACGAUUCAAGAAUCUAUCUUUCCACUUGUUGGAUUCAAAAUGGCGUUUCUAUCAUUACAAUUCGUCAAUGGCACAAUUGCUUUGUCAACAACAACCUCAUCAACAACAAUUCUGCCCUCUUUUUCCCCUAUUCUGUCCAAAGUUGCUGCUGCUACCCCUUCUUUUUCUGCAGCUUCUGCAGUUCAAUGUUGCUCUCGAGUCUGCCACCAAGUACCCUCCGCUGGCCGUCCUCCUGCUCCUGGAUUGCAGUCUCCUCAUGAUGUCAAGAUAAACAUUAACAACAACGAAAAAGGUCCUCCCAGUGCGAGAGAGCCUGCUGAUGGAGAUUCAGAGAAGGCAGCAGUAGAAGGGAGUGAGAAUGGUAGUGAUGGGAUAUCGGGAAUUGAAGUUCCUAGGCCGAGAUACAUCUCCAUUUCUAAGGCAAGGCUCCUCAACGCCAUCGUUUCCGAGUUGUUCGACUCACAACUCGAGGCCGACCACUUUCUUCAUCUUUCCAAAUGCUUGGAUUCUAUACUUCUUGCUGAGCACAAAUGCAUCUUAGAGGAAAUGCGGCUUGACUAUGAUCUGACGAAUUCUGUGGAGAGUGAGGGGAAUGUUUACCAAGGUUUAUCUAAUCUGGAAAGAAAAUCUGAAUCAAAUGGAAAGAAUUCUUAUGCUGCUGGUAGCAUGGAAGAAUAUGGGGUGAAUGGGUUUGACAAUAAAAAAUCUGAUCUUUCUUCUGAGUUGGCUUCUCUAUUGGCUUCUUUUUCUGACAAUAUGAAGACAAAUCCCAUGAAAAGAGUUUUUUGUAGAGUUGCUGUGCAUGCCCGUUUUCAGCGUUCGUUUGUGCAGCUGCUUUCUAAUGCCGAGUUUGAAGAAUUGUCAGUUCGGGAUUUGCUAUUGACAUCCUCUUUAAAUACCGAUUACCUUCUCACUUUGCCAAUAUAUGUUGACUGGAGAAGGGCUUCUGAAUCAAAUGCAAUCAUUUACAGGCGAGGUCAUGCGACUGAGAGGCAGAAAGGAUUGUUAACAGUUGAAAAACUGGAUUACUUGCAGUCGAUGCUGUUACAAAGAAUUUUCUUUCUCAUAUCAAGACCACUGGGGAAGUUUGGUGUAUGGUUAGCUGAGCAGGUUCUCAAAAGGAACAAACAGAUACGCAAUACAAUAUUGUGGACAGAAAAUCUAAAUGACUGGCUGAAGAAAUUGCCAUUCUUUCAACAAUCAUAUUUGGAUGAGAUAUUCUCAUCCGAAGAUGAGUUGGAAGUUGACCUUUUAACAUCCAGUGACCUUCCUAUCUGGUUAGCAGCUCAAAGGGCAGUAACUCGUUAUGAGGGAAUCUUAUCAACUACUGGGCCCCGUGGCAGGCUCUUGAGAAAGUUACUUACAUGGAUUGGACUUGCACCAUCGGCCCCAGAACAAGCGCUGGAUCUCAAGUCAAGGACCGUUGUUUGUGACUCCAAACCUUACUCAGGGCCUAUAUUCUUGUCAAGGAUAACACUUGGUGAUAUAUGGAGACCUGCUUCACUAAAACAUUGUGGAAAUGAUUUCUGGAAGAUGCUGAAAACUGCCAUUUCCAUUCUUAUCUCUCAAUCAACUCUCCAGGAGCCAGCAUUCAAAGAGUUGAUUCUGCUCUAUACAAAGGAGUUGGAUGGAACAGAUACUGAAGAUAAAGCUAAUGUUCCUCCCUUGGAGUUGAAGAUUUAUGAGAAAAUUCCUAUACCAGAUUUACCAGUUAUAUUUCCUCACAAGAAGCUUUCUUUCCGCAUCCUUGAUGCGGUACGCUUGGAUGUGGCUACUAUAUUGGGACUAUUAGCAUUCUUCAUAAACUACAAGUUUGAGGACAUUUUAUCUUCCCCAUCGGCUAUACUUCUGGAUGUAAUUACAGUUAGUGCACUUUUAAUAUAUGUUUUUCGUGUGGUCUUGGGUUAUAAAACUACCAGGGAUCGGUACCAACUUCUCGUUAACAGGACACUUUAUGAGAAAACUGUCGCAAGUGGCUUUGGUUCCGUUUUCUUUCUCCUUGAUGCUUCUCAACAACAGCAAUACAAGGAAGCCAUUCUUGCAUAUGCAAUCCUACUUAAAGGAGAGAAUUGCCAGAUGGUUUCUGCAAGGAGGGUUGGAGACGAGUGUGAGAAAUUUAUUUUUGAUGUUUUCAACGAAAAGAUUGAAAUGCCAAUUGACAAGGCAAAGAACACGUUGUUGAGGCUUGGGCUUGUAACGGAAACAGCUUUGGAAGACGGAACUAUACUCCAGGCUGUUCCCUGCUCUAGGGUGGCUGAGAUUCUUAGACAAAAAUGGGAUGGCUUGCUUGCUUAAGUUUGUAUGGUUGAAUAGUGGAUGGUUGAGCUAUGCCCUCUCUGCUUAAGUGAUGCUGUCACCUCGGCUUGUUGCUGAGAUGGGGAACACGAGUUAUUGGUUCUGUUAUGUGAUGGCAUGCAUUGGCAUUCUGGAGCUUUUCUCAUUCAUAAAUGGCAGAGGAAGGAUGUAGAAAGGAGAAUGAGGAUGUUAUUGUGAUUUUCUGUAAAUUCUUUGUUAGGUUAAUCAAUGUUAAUUCAUGCUCUCCAGAAACCACCUGUAUCAUGUACAAUUUCCUCUGGAUAUGGAAGACAACUCCAUGUUUGAAUAAAAUAGAGGAGGAGGAGGUCAUAGUUUGUUGUUACAAGCAUUGAUAUUCUUUGCUGCUAUAGCCAUUGAAACUCUUUGAUGGUGAUGUA